CCUAGAGAAUAGGAUGGAGCAAUGGGAAACUAGAACCUCUAAUUUGACUUCUUAUGUCACUAAGUUGUCAAAUGGUAUGAGUGAACAGCAAGCUAAGGCUAGUGGUUCAAUGUCUUCCAACACGGUGAUAAAUCCUAAAUCUUUGAAUGCAAUUACAUUGAGAAGAGGUAAGGAAAUUGGUGCUAAGACAGUGCAAUUCAAAGAUGAUGAAGAGGGUGAAGAACCGGUUGACAAAGAGAUAGAAGUUGAGUCUGCUCCUUCUAAAACCACUCAAGACAUUCUCAAGACUACUCAAGAGACCUCCAUUCAAUCCAAAGGGCCAAUAGAGAAAGGAUCAUCUUCCAAAGGUGAUGAGGUCAUCCAAGAAUGGCACUGAGUUGGGAAGUGGAGGACAUACACAUCAUGAUGAGCUUAUAUCUCCUUCCCCAAGCCAUAUGGACAUGCCGCUUGCAUUGAAUGCACUUAACAUAAAAGAAUUAGUUCCUUCUAUUGUGCAACCUCCUGA